GUUAUGAUUGCCUCUUGCAAGACUUCAAACUGAGCCUCAAUCAAAAACAGCCACAAGAGAGUCUUCUACGUCACUCCUGAAGAACUUCAACCUGCGGGCGAAGGAAUAUUUCAUGUAUCAAACAUGUAUCUUAAGAUGAUUGUAUCGUUGUUGUUUUUUUUUGUUGUGUCUAGUGUGGCGAGCACUGGGAUUCCUGGAGCUCCUGUAAAUGCAGACAUUAACGAUAAAGAUGUUCAGAAAGCGUUACAGUUCGCUGUGGCCCAGUACAACAGACAAAGCAAUGAUGCGUUUGUGCGUAAUGUUUCAAAGGUCCUCAAGGUUCAACAGCAAGUUGUCGCUGGCACAAUUUACAUCUUUACUGUGAAGAUAGACAUCACCUACUGCAAAAAGGGUGGUGUGAAGACCAUGUGUGCACCUCCGAAGGAUCCCAAUGCUGCAAAGGCCAUUCAGUGCGACAUAACAGUCCUGAGCCAGCCGUGGUUAAAAUCCUUAAAAGUCACUAAAAACACCUGCAUGUAGAGCUUGUGACAAGUGCAGUUUGUGGCUUUUUAACAUUCAAGCAGCAAUAAAGUGUACUUUCUGUUGGUAAUGAACUUCAAGUCUUUAUUCUUGAUAAAAAUGGAAACCAUUCGUCCUGAGAAACUGUCAACCAAUAAGAAUGCUUAACACAAUUAUGUGUUCGCAGAGUCCGUUGCUCUGAAAAGCUACAGUUUGUAGAAAUGUCUGAAUUCUAAAAUGCAUGUUUCUUCGAUUCAUCCUUUUUCUAUUAAAACAUGAUUGAACAAUGUCUGUGCUCCAAGCCAGCACAUGGCCAACCUUCAACGAUGAAAGUUUUCCGCUAAAUGGAUCAGGUUAAACCCUUGUAAGCCAAGGUUUGUAGCUCUGUAUGCUGACGAAUGCAAAUGUUAAGUUUAUGUGAGACUCUGUUAAAUUUAAGCAUUUAAAGAUUGAAUGCAUAAUUUGAUAACUUAUUUAAUUUGUAUCUAAAUCAGCACUAUAGGCCAUCUGUCCUUAUCACUUUAAAUGACGAGUGACUUCCUGUACUUGCUGUACUUCAGCAUGAAAGUAAACUUGUUAAAAUGAUUUUAUAACAAAUCAAAAGAUGUGGGGUAAACCCUAUACGUUUGUUUUAAUGAAAAUGCUUGAUUAUCAAACCAGCAUUGUUCAAAGACUAUAAAUAUCCUUCAGCAGAGAUUGUGAAGGGCACUUGUAUUUUGAACUGUUUUUUUUUUUCUGAACUUGUGACUGUAAAUGAUGCUUACAGGGUUAAACAGUUAAUUCAGUAAUUUGUUCUAAACCAAUUUAGGUGCACUGAUUUCACUAAAUUCAAACAGCGUUUUCCACAACUAUUGAAGAGAAGUAAUAUCAUACAGGGUGUGUGUGCUCGUUCUUCAGUGAAACGCAUGCCUUUUACUGUUCUUUUAACCUCUA